GCAGCUCAAGAUUUUGAGACGCAGCCAUGCUAUUGCGCAACAGUCAGCGCUCCCGAAGAGCGGCCGGCAGUGACGUAGCAGACGUCGCCAUAUUGAAAUGUUUCUCCUCUCCUCUGCUUCACUGAGCUCAACAGCAGCCAUCAGCUCUCGCUUUCCAACUGGAGACAGACACAACAACACAGACAUGGAGAUUGACACUCUUCUGGAAGCUCUUAAAGAUUUCGACAAGAAGGUGAAGAAAGAGUCGUCUCUGGUGUUGGAUCAGUUUUUGUGCCAUAUUGCGAAAACUGGGGAAACCUUGGUUUCAUGGUGUCAGUUCAAAAGCUACUUCAUCUUCAAACUGGAGAAUGUAAUGGAGGAUUUCCAAGCAUCGGCCCCGGAGCAGAGAGGGCCUGCUAACCCCAACGUAGAAUCGGUUCCUUUUGAAGAAAUGAAGGAGAGAAUUCUUAAGAUAGUGAAUGAAUACAAUGGGAUCCCAUUCACUAUCCAGCGCUUGUGCGAGCUGCUCACUGAACCUAAGAGGAACUACACAGGGACAGAGAAAUUUCUCAGAGGGGUAGAGAAGAAUGUGAUGGUGGUCAGUUGCAUUUAUCCUACAUCUGAGAAGAAUGGCUGCAGCGGUGUCAACAGAAUGAAUGGAGUCAUGUUGUCAGGGAACACAUCUGCCUUUACAGAAAGGAAAGUAAAUGGUCCAGGAACACCCAGACCAUUAAACAGACAGAAACACUUCAUGUCCAGUUCACUGGCCACAAAUGGCCUUCCGGACAGUACAGAAAACAAAGAAACAAACACAGCACAAGGACACUGCAAAUCGGCCGGUGAUGCAUCUGUAUCGGGCAUUGAUUGGCCUCUUGGCAGCUCUGUAAAGAACAAACACUUAGAUGAUGAGGAAGAUGAGGGAAUGGAGGCAGAGGAACAUGAAGUAAAGAGGCUGAAAUUCAACCAGGAUGGCAAUGAUGAAGAAGAGGAUGAAGAUGAAGUAGACCAGCAGGUAUCAACUAAUAGCUCCUCAGAUAAGUCAGAGGAUGCCGAAUCACCAUCAUCCAUGUUGCAGGAGGGGAGUGAGGAAGAGGAGGAAAGUAAACCUCAUGGAUCAGCUGGAGGCUCUGAGGACCAAGAGCCUUCCAGCACACAGCCCGAGUGUCCUGUAGCAGAUUCCAGAGAGGCUUUUACUGAAAGAGAGGUUCCUUGUGGCUCUGAUGACUCCUUAGAAGAGCCCAGCGAUAUGGACCAAUCAGAGCAGAGAGCCCCAGCGGGCGUGGCCUCUAGCUCUGAGGUGAGAGAAGGGGAGGAGCCAAGCGAGCAGGUCAGCAGCAGUAGCACGGAUGAAAAUGCCUCUGGACCCACAUCCAGCAGCAGUAGCGUAGACUCACCCACAGAGGGCGACUCUGGGUCAGGGGCCCUGGACUCGGAGAGCGCAGAGGAGGAGCCAAUGGAGCAGGACUAGAAGCCUGCAGACUCAACAAUAACUGAGUGCUUUUGUGGAGAUUAAGCAGACACACACUUAAGUUGCCUUCCACAAAGGCCACCAGAAGCAACUUACAACAUCCAACUUACCGCCAUGCGCCUUUUGGUCGAGAGUCCAGUCUUACCUAACUUCUCCAACUUUCCCAAAUGGACAUUUUAUGCAGAUGCACAUAGGAUUUUAUUGCUGAAGUGAAGGUUUUAAACUGUCUUUUUACAGUUCCCCCCCCCCCUUAAUUG